GCUCGACCCCCACCUGCAGAGGCCGAGACUCCUUGCCCGGGUUCCUUCCUGCGUCCGCCAUGCGUCUCGUGGUCUGCCUGGUCUUCUUGGCCUCCUUCGCCCUGGUCUGCCAAGGCCAAGGGUACAAGGGUACUUACACACGCCCUUACCCCAGACCACUCUACGGAGGAUCAUCUGGACCCAGUAGGCCUGGAAUUCGGCUCAUCAAACCAGGGCCUCUUUGCAACAUUUGCCACAGUGUCUCCAUCGCAACGAUUGAAUAUUGCUGUUUUCGGUACGGCCGCUGUUGCCAUGAACUGAAAAGAGAGAUUGGCAGAUGAUAUUGAAACUCCGGCUCUAAAAUGACAAUAUCUAUCUCUCCAUCUAUCAAGAUCUUUAUCUGUAUUUCAUUCAUCCUUUUUCUUAUUUUUGCUAAUGGUAAUGACGUAUGGAUAUCGUGUAGGCCUUUCUUUUUUUCAAGAAUGUACUAAAGAUUUUUUUUUCAAUAAUAGAAAAUAGGACUACUCUUUUUCCAAUAAAAUUGAUA